AUGAGCCGGCUGUUCAAUCGCCUCAGCUUUCGCCGCAAGCCACGGCAACGUGCUCCAGACGGUACUAAGAGUGCUCCACUUUCCUGUCCCGACCUCACGUGCUGUACUCGGUCUGAUGGCUCCAGCAUGGAGACGGCCUUCUUGCCCGCUGCCAUGCUCAGUAAGAGCUUGAAGAUGGUGGAUAAUGUCUUCGAACUGACAAGACUCAGGUCGGUCAGUAGUGUCUUCUGUAACCUGGUGGACGAAAGACUGUGUCAGGUGGUUUUCAUGGAUGUGAAGCGGGUCGACUUUGAGUAUUUUUCGAUUAAAAGUUUGGCAUGCGAUGUGGGGACGUGGUACCAACACCCCCACGGUCUCAGGUUGUACGCCAGACUGACGGAAACAGAAGUUCACAUCUUGGUCGACGAACAAUGGACGUCGAAGGAAGUUGGAGCGUUAUGCGGGUUGAUGAAGGUGUUUCGAAAGUCGCUCGUCAAGAUUGCCUUGGACGCUGCUAUCGUCGAGUUGGUGGGUUGGCGAGGUUGAGUCAUCAAUUACUUGCAGGUGAUAGCCAACCUUUCCUUGCUGGACCUUGAUCGAUGGUACGCGUUCCAGUGUUAUAUCCAGGCGAUUCAAGACCCGAGAGUGCACCUCAACUUCCAAACUCUGCCUGCUCUGGCUGAUAAGGAUGGCCUGAAGGAACAUUACUGGCCUUCAGUGGAGAAGUUGGUGAUAAGAACGACGGAAAGGGAUUCUGUCCAUUUGGCUCGGUAAGAGAGCUGGUUCUCUAUUUUUUUAUUUUAAGUACUAGUAAGCUUACUUUAAGCUUCUGAUGCUUUAAGAUGACAUAAUCUAGAUAACUUGAUUUGAAUUACAGAUUACUGGAUUACGGCGUGAGAUCGCAUUCAGUGGUGAACAGAAUAAAGUUAGUGGAACUGAAGGUGGAAGUGGAAGGCGUUGACAAGAUGAAUCGAGGAUUGAACAGAAACUUGUAUCACUUCCGUUGCUGGGCUGGAUCAGCUGGAUUCGACGACAGAUUCAGUCAGAAGUUCGCCAUUGGAAUAGUGUGA